CGGCCGCGGUCAAGAUGGCGGUGGUGUUUCUCAUGUAGGGAAUGGAUACUGCGGCGGAUGCACCAGUGAGGCUCAUUUGACUCUUGGAAUCACUGAGCGCUACUCAAAUUCCCGGUCAGCUUUACUAAAUUUUGAACAGUCAGACCUAUCCACAAGAAGUGAACUGGCAAGACUGCUUUUCUAGACUAAAACUGAGGAGCUGAUUGGCACCAUGAAAGUCUUCUGUGGGCGGGCCAAUCCAACCACAGGCUCUGUGGAGUGGCUGGAGGAGGAUGAGCACUACGAUUACCACCAGGAGAUUGCGAGGUCAUCCUAUGCAGAUAUGCUGCAUGACAAAGACAGAAAUAUAAAAUAUUACCAGGGUAUCCGAGCUGCUGUGAGCAGGGUGAAGGGCAGAGGGCAGAAAGCCUUGGUUCUCGACAUUGGCACUGGCACGGGACUCUUGUCAAUGAUGGCGGUCACGGCAGGUGCUGACUUCUGCUAUGCCAUUGAGGUUUUCAAGCCUAUGGCUGAUGCUGCUGUGAAGAUUGUGGAGAAAAAUGGUUUCAGUGAUAAAAUUAAGGUUAUCAACAAGCAUUCCACUGAGGUGACAGUAGGGCCAGAUGGUGAUAUGCCAUGGCGGGCCAACAUCCUGGUCACAGAGCUGUUUGACACGGAGCUGAUUGGGGAGGGAGCACUGCCCUCCUAUGAGCACGCACACCGGCAUCUGGUGCAGGAAAAUUGUGAGGCAGUUCCUCACAGAGCAACCGUCUAUGCCCAGCUGGUGGAGUCCAGAAGGAUGUGGUCGUGGAACAAGCUGUUCCCCAUCCGUAUUCAGAGCAGCCUUGGCGAGCAGGUCAUCGUCCCUCCCUUGGAGCUGGAGAGGUGCCCUGGCGCACCCUCUGUCUAUGACCUUCAGCUGAACCAGGUGUCACCUGCUGACUUCACCAUCCUUAGCAACGUGCUGCCAAUGUUCAGUGUGGACUUCAGCAAGCAAGUCAGUAGCUCAGCAGCCUGCCAUAGCAGGCAGUUUGAACCUCUGGCGUCUGGUCAAGCUCAGGUGGUUCUCUCCUGGUGGGACAUUGAAAUGGACCCUGAGGGGAAGAUCAAGUGCACCAUGGCCCCCUUCUGGGCACACUCAGACCCAGAGGGGCUCCAGUGGCGGGACCACUGGAUGCAGUGUGUGUACUUCCUGCCACAAGAGGAGCCUGUGGUGCAGGGCUCAGCCCUCUGCCUCGUAGCCCACCAUGAUGACUACUGCGUGUGGUACAGCCUCCAGCGGGCCAGCCCUGAAGAGAAUGGCAGAGUCCUCCGUCAAGUGCGCCCCGUGUGCGACUGCCAGGCUCACCUGCUCUGGAACCGGCCUCGGUUUGGAGAGAUAAAUGAUCAGGACAGAACGGAUCAAUAUGUCCAGGCCCUGGCAACAGUGCUGAAGCCAGACAGUGUAUGCCUCUGUGUCAGCGAUGGCAGUCUGCUCCCCAUGCUGGUCCAUUACCUUGGGGCAGAGCAGGUAUUUACAAUAGAGAGUUCAGCAGCUUCUCAUAGACUGAUGAAAAAGAUCUUCCAGGCUAACCACUUGGAAGAUAAAAUAAACAUAAUAGAGAAACGACCUGAAUUGUUAAUACCUGCAGACUUGGAGGGUAAAAAGGUUUCUCUUCUCCUGGGUGAACCGUUCUUCGCCACCAGCCUGCUGCCUUGGCACAACCUGUACUUCUGGUAUGUCCGGACCGCCUUGGACCAGCACCUGGGGCCUGGAGCCAUGGUGAUGCCCCAGGCUGCCUCGCUGCACGUCAUGGUUGUGGAGUUCAGGGACCUCUGGCGGAUCCGGAGCCCCUGUGGUGACUGUGAAGGCUUUGAUGUUCACAUCAUGGAUGACAUGAUUCAGCAUGCCCUGGACUUCAGGGAAAGCAAGGAGGCUGAGCCCCACCCGCUGUGGGAGUACCCUUGCCACAGCCUCUCCCAGCCCCAGCAGCUCCUGACCUUUGAUUUUCGGCAGCCAGUUCCCCAGCAGCUUGUCCGUGCGGAGGGCUCCAUUGAGCUGAGGAGGCCUGGGAGGAGCCACGGAGCUGUGCUGUGGAUGGACUACCACCUGACCCCAGACAGCACGGUCAGCACCGGCCUCCUGAAGCCCGCAGACGAGGGGGACUGUUGCUGGAACCCCCACUGCAAGCAGGCUGUGUACUUCUUCAACCCCACUCUGGACCCCAGAGUGCCACCAGGUGGCCCACAGAAGGUCACCUAUGCUGUGGAAUUUAGCCCCCACUCCGGAGACAUCAGCAUGGAUUUCAGGCUCUCAGAUGACCUGGGCGCUGUACACUGACCCUCGGUUGAGAAAUAAAGUAGCCCAAGGCUGUGA